AUGGCGAAAAUUUCAUCACCUCAGGGCGGGGGCCUUGAAAACGGGGCUCGAGGGAUUGAAGUCGAUUUUCUCUUGGGACUACAGCAGUACCCACGGGCUGUCCUCGAUAUUCCCGCGGCACCCGAUACCUCUGAAGCUCAGUGGCCUCUUGCAGCUGGCAUGCUGAAGCGAUGUGUCACUGUCACACCCUACGGAGUGUGUUGCCCUCCACUCACCGCUUCUCAAAACCCAAUCCGACGGUGCCGUCACUGGAAAGCUGCUGAGGACGCUGGACAUAUGUCCAGGCGGGGUCAUUCCAGCACCUUCACCCUUGACCUGUAUAUUUCAGCACGGUGCACCCAGGGGCACAUGGAUGGAAUGACGACCACCACUACGGGCGGCUCAAGGUUCGAGCCUCUUUUUCAGGCACUUGGCGCCCCCCCGACGUCUCGCUGUGCGACAGAACCCUCGCAACUCUCAGCAGAGCCCAACCCCAACCGGGCCACAGUCUUCCCAUUCCACCCAAGUCACCUGAAGCAGGGUGAGGUUGAUUGUUUGCUCGCGUCAAGUCCCAUCUUGUGCCCUGAGCUUUCUACUCUGGUUUAUAACGUUAUUGUUGGUUGGAGUGCUGAGGUCCUGAUUUUAUCAGCAGGGCUUCAGCACAUCCAGGCAAGUUUACCUUCAGUGCUCUCUAUUUCCGUAUCACAGCCCAGUAUUUUCGCCUUACAGCGCGGUCGUGAAAGUCCCCAAGCCGCCAUCAGAUGA